AUGGCGUCGGUAGGCUUGAAUGCCGGAGGCGGCGACGUUCAAACAGAUACCGCACUCCGCGAAGCCUUGAACCAAUUCAGAAAGAAAAUCUCGGAUGGCCAUCUUUCAAGAUUCCAGACAGGCACUGCAAUGAAGCUCAAAUAUGAAUGUUAUCUCAUACAGAGAGAUCAAGAGAGGAUGGCUGCCUUGUCAAACUUCCGGAGGAUCGAGCAGUUCCUAUUCAGACUCCAAGAGCUUCAAGUCAUUUUGAAGAAGUUCUCAAACGGCGAAUUCUACAUCUCUUAUAUAUGGGGUGCGAUGCAGUUCCUUCUUCAGACUGCGACGAGCACUUUCAAGGACGGGUCAGAUGGCCUUUUGAGCGCAUACGAGAGCAUUGGCAAAAACAUUCCCAAAUUGAAAGAUCUUGAACCUCUUUUCAUCGAGACCACUGGCAUGAGAAAGUGCCUUGUCGCUUUGUAUUCAGAUAUCCUCGACUUUCAUUCGGGAGCUUAUCAAUGUUUCACUCAGUUCUCCGACAAAGGUCGGAAGAAGAUCUUCAAGUCUGCAUGGAAGGAAUUCGAAAAGAAUGACAUGUCGUAUCUCGAGGGCAGAAUGAGAAAGCACAAGACCGUCGUGGAAUAUGGACAGCAGUGCUUGGCAGGCCAACCCUCUCCUGUCCAGGAGAGCUCACUAUCUCCCAAUGACAUAACAGACCUGAGAAGCAAAGUCUUCGCCCACGAGAACGACUGUAACAAAGAAGAAGAAGAACACAACCGCAGAGAGUCAGAGCGACGCGAGGACCAGUUUGGGGACGCAUUGCGCUGGAUCCUGGCUGAUCAGAAUACUUCUGAUGCGACUCAUGAGAGAUUAUGUAAGGAUCGAAUGAAGUUUCCGGGUACCUGUGAGUGGAUCGAUGAUGUAGAUUCUGUUGGCAACUGGCUGGAUCCAAAAUCAACAUCAAUGCAUCCCAUUCUGUGGAUCAAUGGCAGUAUGGGCGCUGGAAAAUCUACGUUGGCUUCAUAUCUUGUCGAGAAAUGUGUGAAAAACGAAACCUCAGCAGGAACUCCUUGCAAGGCCACCUAUUUCUAUUGCGACGGGAAAGAUCCAACUGCCCGGACAUUUCUAGCCAUUUCCAGAGGAUUGCUGUACCGCCAACUCAUGCACAUCCGCGAAGAGGAAAGGUUCAGACAUCUCAUCGCACACUGCUGUGAUAAGAAGAGUAAUUCUGGCCAACAAUAUCUGAAUGCCGAGGAAACAGCAGAAUCAUUGUUGAAGACAUUUUUCGAAAUCAUACCAGGCCAAUACAUUGUUGUUGAUGGCUUGGAUGAGUGUGAAAAGCCUGUAAUCAAAGACACACUAAGGACUCUUAGCUCCGUGGUUACGCAGCAGGACACGAUCGAGCCUGGAAGUUUAAGACUAUUGAUCAUCAGUCGUGAACUACCCGAAAUCAAGAAACCACUCUCAACGGAAUCUGCGAAUGCAGGCAUCUUCAAAAUCGAAGCGGAACACAACGAGGCGGCCAUCAAGAUGUAUGUUGGUCAGCGGCUUGCCGAUUUCGACCCACGGUUUGAUCUCAACAUCGACAUGAAAAAGUAUAUAAUCAAGAAGAUUUCUGAUACGGCUGAAGGAAUGUUUCUCUUUGCCAGACUCACACUCGACCACCUUGAAGGGUCUGUCUCGAGGGCAGAUUUAGACCACAGAUUAGAAGAUGGCCAUUUCCCCAAGACAAUUCACGAGGCAUAUAAUCGCUUGCUGGAGAACCUCAAAAAGUCUCUGGACUCGGAGCAAUGGAAUAAGGCCAAGUGCAUUUUUGGUUGGUUGACAUGCGCCAUGCGUACUCUCCACUGGCACGAGAUACGAGCUAUUGCCUCGAUUGAGCGACAUAACGAAUCGGUUGAGCUCCAACAGCAUGGAUUCAUCCCUGAUGUGCAAAAGUUUUGCGGAACGCUCGUCCACGUGAAUCCAGGCAACAAGGUGGAACUCAUACAUCUGACAGCUCACAGAUACAUCCUCGAAAGUGAGCACGUCAGCAAGGAAGAGGUCCAAUUUGAUCUAGCCACUUUGUGUAUGGAAUACCUGACGUUUCCAUGCUUCAAUAAAGGAAUCUUGGUCCCCUUGAGAAAGUCAUUCGCCAGUGAUGGUUUCUACGCUUUCCAGGACUAUGCGGUGUCCCAGUGGUUCUAUCACAUCGCGGAAGUGCUAAAAAUCCAGGAGCUCACCAUUGACGGACCAAAGUCUCAGAAAUUUGCCGAAGUCCUGGUGGUCUUUAUGGACAGGUACCGAGAUUCUGUUGAUGACGUGGACGCCGCGCCAAGCUCGGCUGGAAGCGAGCCCAGUCAUAUCGACCUGGAAGAGGUCAAGGUGCAAGCCAAGACUGAUUGCGCCAGCCUAGAAGGGAGACCUUUCUACAAAAUACUAUUCGAUCUCUGGGUUCACGUCUCGAAGCACGAAAAGGAGGGCAUCGAAAACCGCAACAAACCAUGCCUGAAAGAAAUGGAAAAGGUACUAGAGGACAACCGAAAAGCAAUCGAGGCGCUGGGAGAAGCCAAAAAUGAGAGACCCCAGAAUCUCUAUGAGUAUUAUGGCAAGAACCUGUACAAAUGCCCAAGGACACGGUGCGACUACUUUCACGAAGGGUUGAAGGAUGAAAAGCAACGCAAGCGUCACAUUGCCCGACACGAUAGGCCAUUCAUGUGUACGGCGCCUGGUUGUACAAUGGCGGAAGCUGGAUUUAUAUCCAACAAGGACCUCGAGAGGCACAAGAAGAACUACCAUUCGGAUGCGGCCGAAGGACAGAGCCCGUUCCCACAGCGCAACAACAGACAGAGCAGUGAAGCACGCUUUGAUUGCCGAAUCUGUAAGAAGAAGUUUACGAGAAAGAUCAACUUGGACGGGCACAUGCGCAGUCAUUUCGGUGAUCGCCCGUACAGCUGUCAGACCUGCAACAGGAGAUUUACCAGACUAAACGAUCUGAGGAGGCAUGAGAGACUGCAUCUCAGGAGAUGA